GAUAGAGGUGAAGACAAGAGGGAGCCGGAGUCUUCUGAUGGGGAUUCGGCCAGCGGACGGAGGAGUACAAACCAAGGCAGCUCAGAGGCUCAGAGGGUGGAAUAUUUUGAGGACAACAGUAGAGGCUGCUUGGUAAACCCUGAACUGGCAGUUGAGACUGUUUUGGAAGUUGGUUCGGUGGAUGGCCCCAGAAGAGGAGGCCAGAUGGAAAUUGGGUCACAUGACCGCCUCCAGGAAGGCGCACUGAGCCUGGAACCGGCCAAUGGGGUGAGUUGCAACCCCAGCAAUGAGGAGGCAUCUAUGGAAACAGUGCAGCAGAGGGCAGGAAGUAUGCCUCCAGGGCAGGGCUGGGUGCCAGGGCACAGCAAGGUUAGUGACACCCAACAGCAGCUGCCCUGCUGGAACAGCAACAGUGGCACAACCCAUGGUGAGCCUGUCCACCACGCUGACAUGGAGGAUGCCCGCAACCUGGUAGCUUUCUCAGCUAUUGCUGGCUCCUUGCCGCCUUCUUCCUCUUCUGUUCCCCCCUUGGCACAGCCCAACACAGCCCAGCUGUAUGAGAAGUUCACCCAGGAGAUGGGUGCUGAUGGGGCUGAGGCCAGACUCUCUGCAGGGUCUCCUGAGGGAGGCUGCCAACCGCUGGAAGACCUUAACACCCUACAGACAGCACUGAGUCAAGCCAAACAUGGACAUAAGCCCCCCAACUGUAACUGUGAUGGGCCUGACUGUCCAGAUUACCUGGAGUGGCUGGAGAAGAAGAUCAAGUUGGCCACCAGUGAGGAUCACAGGCCCUGCAAGAUGGCUGAUGCUCCUCCACAUUCACAGCCUCACAUACAGCAGGCCCAUUUGCAUCAUAACCUUCAGCCCUACCCCCAGAUGAAUGGAGGCCAUGGUCUGUCCACUUCAUACACCCAGCAGCAACAGGGAAUCCGAGGCCGUCAAACAGACCAGCUUCCCUGCUCCAAACCCCCAAUACCUUGCUCUCCUCAGGUGCUCUCUAUAGCUAAGGAGAAGAACAUCAGUCUCCAGACAGCCAUUGCUAUAGAGGCCCUCACACAGCUGUCUGGCACUGGUCACCAGGCUGUGGGCUCUCCAGGCCAGGCAUCCACAAACAGUAUCCUCCAUCAGCACCAUCAACAUGCCCAAAACUUCCCCUCUCAGCCUCAGAAUGGCACUUGCUUGAUCCCGGCCUCCCCUGAUCACCUCUCGUCUUCCUCACGCUCACAAUCUGUCCCUCCAGGACUACACCCCAGCCAGCGGGCCCCAGUGUCCUGGGAGCAGCAAGGCAGGCCCCAGUCCCAGGGCCAGCCACCCCACGCCUCCCCUCUCCCCUCCUCUACCUCUUCCUUCCCAGGUCAGGGAAAAACACCCGGCUUUAGCCCUCAUCCCCAGCAGUGGCAGGAGGGCUCAGGCACAGGUUCUGACCAGAGGAACCAGUGGAUGUCCAUGAAGCCUGAGCCCCAGUCUCACUGCUCUGCUCCACCUCACAGUAGCUCAGAUCCCAUGUCAGAGCUCAAACAACUGCUUGGUGACACCAGUGGCAAGUUCAGCAAUGGUCCUUUCAAGGUCCCUGUCCCCCACCAACACAGUUUAAAUGAGGCCAAGGCCAACCCAGAGACUGCCAGGAUAAAGCAGGAGCCAGACCCUGGGGAGUACUAUCGUCACAGUGCCUCCAUGGGACAUUAUGGCAUGAUGAAUGGCCAGGAGCAAGGCCAGCACUACCCCAGCACUCCCCUGUCUCCUGGUCAAGCAGCCAUCCGCCAUUCUACUCAGGCAGCUCUGCAACAGCACCUUCACUACAAGAGGAACCUCUUCUCCAACCAUUCCUCUGGCUUUGGACCUCCAGGCCCACGGACACCUCAGGCCUGCCAAAACUUGAAAAAGUGGUGGCCCCAGGUGGGGGCUGAAGGUUUGCCCCACCUGACCAUUAAACAUGAGCCCAAGGAGCCCAAGAAGAAGAAAAGCAGCCAAGGCUCUCCAGCCAUCAAAGCUAUGAGUGGGAUACUAGCAGCCCCCAUCCUUCCCAAACCCAAACAGAUAGUCAUCAAGAAGCCUAAGCAGAAAGCUUCCAUGCCUACCUUCCUGCCUCAGACUCAGAUCAUCAUACAAAAACCACCAGUCCUCACGCCGGACAGAGCACCAGCCCUGACCAGCAUGCAACCAGGUUUUCUCCCCUCUCUGCCCCUCCCCAGUAACUCCACUCAGGCUGCUGCUGCAGGCCUCCCUGCCCCAGCCCAAUCUCAGGUAUUCAUUUCCAACUCUUUAGUGACUCCCUCUUCUUCUGUUCCAGCCUUGUCAGAAAACACUCCAACUCUUACAGGCCCUCAGCCCCAUCUUGUGGCCCCUGUAACCCAUGCUAACUCAGAGGGAGCAGGCAGCCUGGCCUCCAGUGACACCAGCACCACCACACCUCCGACCUCCUCAUCUCCAUCCAGCACCUCACAAAUACCGAGCCUCACAAAUGUGGACCCGAAGUACGAAGAACUGAUCCGCCAGUUUGAGGCUGAAUUUGGGGAUUCCUUAGCCCCAGACCCACCUGUCAGUCAGCCCAUGGAGGAGACACCAACAACCUCUCAGUUGGUGGUGAGUGAGUCCCAGCCCAGUGCUAACUCAGGACCAGACAGGCCCACGUCACCAUCCACCAUCCAGUCUGCCCCCCAGAUUCUCACCACUCCUCCUAACUCCAUACCUCCUCCAGCCGACCAGGAGAUGGAACUUGACAGGAACAAUGAGUCAGGGAGCCAAAGUGAAGAAACCUUGAACCAGGCCUCUACAGAGAAUCUCUCAGAGGAACAGUGCAAGGGAACUAUGCCUGUCUCUGUGCAUCACGAGACCGUCCUGGCCCAGCGGCAACUACAGACCAGUGUACUAGAGGACCCCUUCAGCAUGCCAUGUUCACCACUACCCAAACGCAUGAAGAUUGAAACGUCAGGAGGAGUUGCAGUGCUCUCCACCACAUGCUACUCUGAGGAGGACACACCGUCUAAGGACAGUCUGCCCUGCUCUCCAUCCCUCCGAGGCUUCCUGGAGUCUCCCCUCCGUUACCUGGACACCCCCACCAAAAGCCUGCUGGACACCCCUGCCAAGGACCUACAGGCAGAGUUCCCCACCUGCAACUGCGUGGAACAAAUCCUGGAGAAGGAUGAAGGGCCCUACUACAAUCACCUGGGAUCUGGACCUACUGUAGCCUCCAUACGAGACCUGAUGGAGACGAGGUACGGAGAGAAGGGGGACGCCAUCCGAAUUGAGAAGGUGGUGUACACUGGCAAGGAGGGAAAGAGCUCCCGAGGAUGUCCUAUUGCUAAAUGGGUGAUCCGUCGUGGCAGUGAGACGGAGAAACUGCUCUGUCUGGUACGUCAGCGAGCAGGCCACCACUGUCCCAAUGCUGUCAUCAUCAUCCUCAUCAUGGCCUGGGAAGGCGUGCCCAGGGCCCUGGGUGACAAGCUGUACCGCGAGCUCACCGACACCCUCACCAAGUUUGGCAAUCCCACCAGCCGACGAUGUGGCCUCAACGAUGAUCGUACCUGUGCAUGUCAAGGCAAGGACUCUGAAACCUGUGGUGCUUCCUUCUCCUUUGGGUGCUCCUGGAGUAUGUACUUCAAUGGCUGCAAGUACGCUCGAAGCAAGACACCACGCAAGUUUAGGCUACAAGGGGACCGCCCCGAAGAGGAGGAUAAACUCAGGGAUAACUUCCAGAAUCUGGCAACCGAGGUGGCUCCUUUAUACAAGCGGCUGGCCCCACAGGCCUACAGUAACCAGUGUCAGACAGAGUCGACAGCUCCAGAUUGCAGGCUGGGUUUGAAAGAAGGCAGGCCGUUCUCUGGAGUCACCGCCUGCAUGGACUUCUGUGCCCACGCUCAUAAGGACCAGCACAACCUCUACAACGGCUGCACAGUGGUGUGUACUCUGACUAAGGAAGACAACCGUAUGGUGGGGGAGAUCCCUGAGGAUGAACAGCUCCAUGUGUUGCCCCUCUACAAGAUUUCUCUCACUGACGAGUUUGGUAGUGAAGAAGCCCAGAACCUCAAGAUGCAGUCAGGAGCCAUCCAGGUGCUUCAGUCUUUCCGCCGAGAAGUUCGCAAGCUGCCUGAGCCAGCCAAGUCCUGUCGACAGCGCCGCCUGGAGGCCAAGAAGGCUGCCUCAGAGAAGAAGAAAAACAAACUCCUGCAACAGGCAGGGGAGACGCCAGAGAAAAUGAUGGUCAAGACUGAAGUCUGCAUCCCUGGCUCCCCACAACCCCAAGGCAAUAAAGCAAUUGUAAAACAAGAGGUGAAACCCAAUAUAAAGAAGGAGCCCUUCAACGGAUCCAUGGAUGGCUACCCUGCGCAGGCAGCAGACCCCUUCAACAACGUCUAUUCCCACCCUGCGUACUAUGCAAGAGGAGGCCUCCCUCCCACUGGCCAGCCCUCUGCACCAGGCCCAGUAAAUGGCUACCACCCCAAUCUGCCUGCACUGCCCUAUGGCUACUACAACUACACCCCCAAUGCACUUUUCCCCCCUCAGUUGAGGACCUACGAGGGCCGUAAUAGCUCUUUGGCCAAAGCAGGCUGUAAGGCUGUCCAGGUGGACAAGAAGCCUGAUGUUCAAAGCCUCCAGGCCAGACUCAUCCAGUCCUACCCUAGCCUCCCAGAGCAGCAACACCCAGAGCGAACCAACCAACGCAGUGCUUACCCCCAGCUGCCAGACUACAGCCAGUCCCGCCCAAACUCUGUCUCCUCUGAGCUCUCCAACAGAGGCACCCCAGUCAUCAAACAGGAGCCCAUGGAUGUGCCGGUGUAUGAAGGCACAGCACUGAGCCAGACUGGUACAAACACAUCUAGUACCACCCCGCAGCCCGCUGCCUGGCUGGGGCACAAGCCAAAUGGCAGCAUUGUGCCCACCAGCUGGGACGGGCAUGUAAAUCCUAAACCAGGUCCUCUAGCCUCACCCUUCUCCUCAGACAAGCAGCAUUUCCACCAGCAUCCCCAGCAGCAGCCCUCUCCUUACUCCCAGCAGUGGACCUCCUAUCCUGGCUCAAACACCCCCAUGGCCUCCCCUGCCCCCUCCCCAUCACCCUCGCUCAAGAUGCACCCCUCUCCAGCUCCCUCCCCACACCCAGGCACGCCACUCCUGGGAAACCUACACCCAGGCACCCCACGCCCUGUCACCCCACGCCCAAGUACCCCUCAUCUAGCUAUACCACAGUCUGGUUCCUCGCACUCAGCCCCAGGCACGCCACAGCCAGGCACCCCAUGUCCAAGCACCCCUAACCACUGGGCCAGCCCUGCUCCAAGUCCCCAGCCUAAUGCCUGGGCUAUGGGGCCUGCGGCAUACAGUCCUGUUUUGAAGCACAGCAACCCUGCAGGAGCCUAUCCUGACAAAAUGUGGUCCAAAACCGGGGAGAGUCGAUGCUCAACUCCCCUGGGGCUCCAGGAGAAAGCCUGGAAGUCAUGUGGAGGUUCAGUGGCAGGCAGCACCCCGUCCCCUGCCCCUGAGGGCCGCCUCUUCCCUGAUGCUCUGCAGCAGUCAGACCAGGCCUGCUGGGACCCUGGCCGUGCUGAGAGUGAUGUGGAGAGCAUCAGGGGUAAGGACGAGGAUGAGGUGUGGUCUGACAGUGAGCACAACUUCCUGGACCCCAACAUUGGUGGGGUGGCAGUAGCACCAGCCCACGGCUCCAUCCUAAUUGAAUGUGCCCGGCGGGAGCUACACGCCACCACGCCACUCAAGAAGCCUGACCGAUCCCACCCCACCCGCAUCUCCCUGGUCUUCUACCAGCACAAGAACCUCAACCAGCCCAUGCAUGGCCUGGCUCUGUGGGAGGCAAAGAUGAAACUCCUGGCAGAGCGAGCACUCCAGAGGCAGCAGGAAGCUGCUCUCCUCGGCCUUUCCCAGGACGACAUCAAAGCCCUCGGUAAGAAACGCAAAUGGGGGGCUCUGGUGCCAGCCAGCCCGGGGCCCGGACAAUCCAAGGACAAGAGGGAGGGUCCAGUGACACGGUUAGCAUCCACGCUCCACACCACCUCCAUUGCUACUGUGUGUCCCUAUGCCUUCACACACCUCACUGGACCCUACAGCCACUUUGUCUGAGGUCAGACAGACACAAACAGACUUCUACAGACUGGUGGUGGAGUGCUGGAGAGAGGGAUGAGCAGGAUGAAUGUCUCUCAGCCGUCCCUCAGUCUGGUAUCUCUUCAUCCUGCCCCCUCCACAGUCCACUUGGAGGAGGGCGUUUAUAUUGUUUUUUACCUCAUGUCAGGCAGCGGUUUGGGCCUCACGCCAACAGACACACUGCCUGUGGUGCUCUUUCUCUCUUCACGCAAGAGGAACUCCAUUGCUUCUUCUUGUUCAUAGAAUUUUAAUGAUCCUAAUUAUUGCUAUUAUUAUCAAUAUUAUUAUGAUUGCUAUUGUUCUGUCAAUGUUGUUAUUACAGGUAUUGUUAUUAUUAUGAAGACUUUUUUGUUUUUUAUUAUUGUUGUUUUCAUUAAUGUUAUUAUUAAUGAUGUGAUUGUUUUUGGUUAUAUAUAUUUUUUAAAUCAGGAGUCAAUCAGACUCGGAAAUUGCUUUUUCCAUGUUUGGAAAAUGUGUACCCUAUUUCCCCUUGAAUUUCUUUGGUUUUUGUCAAUCUUCCAGCUAUACAAAGAGGAGGAGCCAUUCUCUGCACCGCAAGACAACAACUCAAUUUUAAUCAUAUAUAUUACAAAGCCUUUCCUGUAGGCUUACCUUAGAUAUCUAUCCUUAUAUUGAUAUUAUACAGAUAUUUAUCUUUGAUAAUGUUUUUCACUUCAGGCCUCUUUAAAUUAGAACAGGAGCAAACAUUGCCGCUCUUCUUGCCAUGAGGAGAUAUGUGCUCCUCCACCUCUUAUUCUACACCACCCUAGCUUUCACUGGUGCUCCUCUUCCACAUGUGACCAAUUUCCAUUCUUCUACUCCUCAUGGCACUUGAUGCUAUACAUGGGUGCUUUGAACCUAUCCUGGAUCAGUUAGUAUUUGCAAAUAAGUCUUUUUGUUUUGACCUAGAUGAACUACCAGCAGGAUGUAGUUUAUUGCUUGAAGGCAACUAAUGGUACCAGGAAAGUAUAUAUACAAAGAAGGAUAUACUAAAUUGCCUUUUGAACACUUUUCUGUACUCAGUAUGCUGUCCUGUGUGGCAAACCACAUCUGUCUGGUACUUCAAGCAGGUUCAAACAAGUGCUAAAUAUUAUUUGCAAAUGCUAUUUGACCUGGGUCUGCUUGUAUCACAUGGAUAUGGAAUAAGGCGGUGCUCAUCAUCUUCCUAAAAUGUUCCAAAUGCUAUUUGACCCGGGUCUGCUCAUAUCACGUGGAUAAGGAAUAAGGCGGUGCUCAUCAUCUUCCUAAAAUGUUCCGGUGGGAGCGAGCACUUUCCACUGUAAACUCUAGAGGGCAGCAGUGACAUCCUUUUCAAUGUGGUGCACACACAAACCUCCAAGCACUUGAGUUCCAUUCAUAAGCUCUUGUCAGCCAGCGGAGUCUUGCCUUACUGCUUUAACCACCAUGGCCACUAGAGGGAGAUAUUAUCACCUGUUUGUUUGGUUGGGUGUCCCGAAAGCACCUCUCAGCAGUUUGUCCCAUUUUGAGUGAAUGGAACAAAGAUGACCUGUGUGUGAGGAUGCUUUUGGGAAACCCAUCCCUUAGCUGAGUUACAGCAAUGGAAAAAAAUUGACAGCAUUGCUCCUAGGUGCUCCUACACACACUCUGGUGCUUUCCCUAAACACUUGACUUGUUGUGAAGGGCCCAGUCCCUCCUCUGCAUGGUGCUGUCAUCUUCAAGCAGAGUGUGUGUCCUGCAAACGUGUCACCACAGAGCCAGCAAAUCAGUAUGGCCACCAUAGGGCUUAAGUGACCCCUCUGCAGCAACUGCAGCUCUGUCACUGAGCUUACGAAUCAGUUACUCCUGUAAAGAUUUUGCAGUUAGUGCGGCAAAGUCCUUUCUUCUCAGUCAAGGCUCACUCUACUCUAUAGGCCUUUGCUGAGAGAGCCUACCUCCCACAGCAGGUGAAGUUAUAUAAGUGAUUCAAUGUAUUGUUAGUAACUAUUAGCAGAUAUUCACAGAAAAGCUUUCAGGUGCUAAAAGGGCAUUGAAUCAAUGGACCUCUCGCUUUGUGCAUGUAUGUUUGCAUGUGAGUGUGCGUGUGUAUGUGUGUGAGAGGGAGAGAAAGGGUGAUGAAGAUGGUUCAUUUGUAUGUAUGGAUCAAAAGAGAGGAGCCAAACAUACAGACAAUUAGAAAGCCUGCAUUGAGCUCCAUGAGCUUCUGAUCAUUUUCUUUAUGAUCGUUUUCUCUUUUAUUCCUUCGCUGACCAUGUGAGCGCCUGAAGAAUGAAACUCAAGCAGCCACAUGGUUAGCAGCAAUGAAAAUGAGAAGUGACUGAUGGAGCUGGAUUCAGGCUUGAUUUCAUGCUGCUGGGAGUUUGUUAGGACCAAUUGCCGCUGUCAUCUGUGAAAGACCCUGGUGCUUCCCCAGAGGGUCUCCGGCGCUCUACCUCACGUUGUAGAGACACUGGUCACAAUCACAACUGGCUACUGAGGGCAGAGAAUCAUGCAUAUGUCCCUUUGUGUGCUAUCGAUCUCCACACUCAUUUUAAUCCGCUUUUUUUUUUUUACUCUUAUUUAUUACAUGGUGAUGAUGAUAAUGAUGAUUGUCUUUGGUGUUAUUGUUUCUUUUCUUUUUUUGUCUUGUUUUGUUUGAUAUAGCUAAUACAAAUUGUACAUAGAGAAGAAAAGAUUUAUAAAAGCACUUUUAAUCUUGAUUUUAAUGACAAAAAGAAAGAGCCGAUUAUUGACAACUUGAAGCUUAGUUUUCUGUUUUUGUUUUUGUUUUUUUUUAAUUUUCUCAAGAGAGAGAUUAAAAAAUGUAAAUAUUAAAAUAUUUAGGUAAGAUUAUUUAACUGGUGAGGGAUAAUAAUAACUAAAUCAUGAAUCAUUGGGGGUGUUUUAAAGAAGUCCAGUCUUCUCUGUUAGCCCUUAACAACAGUGGACAACACUCGGUCCCAAUGUGUUAUGUGUACAGUAAAUGUGUACUUAGUAACAUUGCUGUUUUUACCCCCCUGGCAGCGUGUAACUGACAGUGACCUGUCACCUCCUCAAACAAACUGUUUUCCCCCCAAUCAUGCAAGCUAACGCCACACUAGAAAUGCCCACUAAUGACGGUCAUUUGAAUUGGAGAACAAUUGCUAUUAUCCAACCAAAACCUCAUAUAUACAAAGAAGCAUUUAUUUCAGUGAUUUAGAAAAAAAAAAAAAAAAAAGAAAAUUGUCCUUUCGACACAUUUGAUUUAAUUUACUUAUAUAAGGAUUGUAACAGGUGUCAAGGGCCCAACAGAAACUCACUCAUCACAUUGAAGACAACGUGAGCUGUCAGUUUAAGCCAGAAAGUCACCAAAUUCGUAGUCACUCGACAAGAAUAAUCGAUCCCCCAUCAGUAAGCUAAGGACAAAUCCAAAAGCUAGCCAUAAAUCUGGUAUGUAUGCUAUUGUAUAUCAGUAGAGUUGCACUUGAUAGCUUAACCGACUUGAUCAUGAUGUUGUAGGACUGCAUCCAGAGGGAGAUGUUUCACAGCGUAUUGGUAGUUACAGAAUCAGUCUGGGCUGUUGCAGUGGGCAGAGUGUAGCGAGGAGGGCAGCCCAGCAGUCUUUGUCAUUUGUGCUAGACUAUCAGGCAAGAGACUGCCUCCCUACUGUUUUUUUUUUUUUUUUUUAAACGUGUCAGUUAUUAUUAUUAUUAUUAUUAUCAACAAAGGUAGAAAGGAUGUACUUUGAAGCAGCUCAUGGCGCCCUUGUGGAAGACAGCAGAUGCCAGGUAGUUUGUACUGAUGACUGGGUUAUUUGACGCAGACACCAUGGAGUGGUGCAGGGGGUCGGGACCGGUUCAUACGGCCAUCCCUCGCUCUGGUUCCUUGUUUGUUGGACACUGUCACGCAUCUAAUUAAGCCCCAUUUUAUAACCAUAAUGCAUGGUCCACAUUCCACACAUAAUAUUAUAUACAUUCUAUAUAUAUAAAUGGAUUCAGUCAUAUUUAUGAUCUAUGUAAGAAUCGGUGCUGAGCAUAUACUGUACAUGAUUUCUUUUUAACUUUGUAAAUUUCUCUAUGUGUCACAUGAGUUUGGCAGAUGAGAGGCGUUCAUCUCCCAAGCAUGUAUACUGAGAGGCUGAAUGGGUAAAAGCCGGUGCUACGAUGCUACACCUUAAAUUCACUGUGGAAACUAACGAGGGAUAAAUGAUGACCGUAAAAUAUUUUUCUGAGCUCUUAGAAUGUCAAGAGAACUAUACUUUUGAUUAACGCAGUUUCACGGGAUCGGAAGCUGCCCUGGUGCUGACUUUAUGAAAAGUCUUUUGUUACGACCAGACUGUAAACGCUACAAAUUUAAAUCUCUUUUGAUGGUUUUUUUGGGGGCGGGGGCGGGGACACUCAAACAGCUGAAUACAUUCUCUAUUGAUACUCAUUCCACGUUGUACUUGAAAAGGUAUUUUAUUCUCAUUUCAACAGGGAUGAGGUAUAGAAUCAUAUUAUAUUAAGACUGUUAUCUGGGUUUAAUGUUUGGUACAGCAUACGUACCAAAGGUUAUUGAAAUUAUCUUUUGAGUAUGUUGUACAUUUUCAUGUUAAGGGAAUGAUAAGAUAUUUGGACAAUACAGGAACAGCAGUUGUGUACUGCCUCCCUCUUCUUCUCCCUAGUCAUGCACUUCUUUUCUCAGUCCCUCACUCUUACCACCUUGUAUAUUUUUUCUCACACACACACACACACACACACCGACACACACGCACCCACACGUACACACAAACACACACAUACGCUCGCAUUCGACGUGUGUAUGUCCCACUUUCUAUUUAACACUUAAUUUAAUGACACGUUCCAAAUUUGGACUAGAAACCUAGACCCUGGCCCAUCCCAAAAAGAAAAAAAAAGACAAAAAAAGAAAGAAAGAGUAAAAAAGAAAAAGAAAACAAACAUACACAACUGGCAGCUACAUUCCUUUUUGAGUUUUAGGGUUGUUCUUGGUUCUUUUUUUCAUGUCAAGUAUGCAGUAUGUAAAAAAGUGUUUUUGUUCGGUCUCUCUCUUUGUAGCUGUAUGGUGUAUUAUGUGAAUACAUAGUGUAUGUGGUAAAAACCCACAAUAUUGUUUUAUGUUGCGCGAUAAUGAAUAAAACAUUGAAGUGAA